AUGCCACCAACUCGGGAUCCUUCAUCGCAGAUCGAGUGUCUUCUUUCUGCACUCAUUGCCUGUGCACCUACAAUACAUGGUUGGGGCAACAACAAUGUCCCAACCUGUCUCUCUUUUGGAGAACCAGUCAAGGCCGGAAAGCUUCGAUACUUGCCGCCUGUGACAACUCCUUUACACCACGUCGACUGGAAUCCUCUCCCCGCCAACUUCACUGCGCAUCCAUCACUUGAUCCCACCCUGUCGGCGUUCGCGCAACUAGGCGCAUUACGGCUAGACGCCAAACGAGUCAUCAUCUCGCUUUUCGGUCGACACGAACAAUACAUAUUGACCGAAGCCACUCGGACGCUCAGUCUGCGAGAUGAAGCCGACCAUGACGCUCGGGAUGAGCUCUGGGUCGGGGCGUGUACCAUGUCUUACGACCGCAGUUUAUGCGCCUCCAUUGCGAAUACCCCGUCGUCCGUCUCGCGAUCUCUCGCAAAACUCCCAGUCUCCGUGAUCCCUGAUCUUUCUCUGGACGAGACGUAUCAUAACCAUCCCGAUGUCUCCAAUUACCCCAGUAUCCGCUUCCUAGCUAGUGCGCCGAUAUUCAGCCCCCGAGGCGUCGUGAUCGGUGCCUACACGAUUCUCGACGACAAACCUCGGACAGUGCCUGGCCCCGAUAUUCUGAAGUUCCUGUCGGACAUGGCAGCGACCGUCAUGGAUUAUUUAGUCACAACUAGAUCGCGUGCCCAGCACAUUCGCGGCGAGCGCAUGAUGGCCGGACUUGGAAGUUUCCUCGAAGGGAAAGGGAGUCUGCGCACUUCCUGGCUAGAACAAAACGGUCAAAUCUUGAGUCCUGGCCUGGUCGACGAUGUGGAGGGCCACUUGAAUACCCGACAGCAAGACAAACAACGUGUGGAAGCUUUGACCAAUGCCGUAGGCGGGAAGAAGGGUCAAAGUUCCAUGCCAUUCCGUCUCAAUUCUCACGUUCCUUCGAAGGCUUCUAAGAAGCAUGGACCAUCAGAUUUACCAUCACAGUCCACAAGGAAUCGAUCUAACUCCCCCAAGUCAGCUAGAGUCAAGACCCAUACUGAAAGGAAAACGUUGACAGAACAAGUCCAAGCGACAUUCUCACGUGCAGCCAACGUUGUGCGGGAAAGCAUCGAGGUUGAGGGGGUCGCUUACUUUGACGCCAACUUCAGCGGCCAAGAUGCCUUGGUGGCAAGCAACAAGUCCGAUUGCGAGAGCAACCCCGGGAGCUCCGCAAGCGAAGAAGAGGGCAUUGAUUCAGGAAAGACUGCACCGCCCGAGAUUGUCGAUGCAAGGGCUCAAAAUUCCGGAUCGGCAACAGUGCAACCCGCCAAGAUUCUCGGGUUUGCUACCUCAACUGCAGCCAGUGUCAACCAAGAAUUGACGGGAGAUGCGCAAAUCUCAAUAUCUGAAGCUUUUCUUGCGGGGCUCUUGCGUCGAUAUCCUCGAGGCAAGAUUUUCAAUUUUGGUGAAGAUGGUGCCAUCUCAACUGGAGACACGAGCGAUGGUAUCUUCACAAAUCCUUAUCCUCGUCCGGGGAAAAGGUACAAAAAGACACGAAGCUCGAUUUUGCGACAGGAUGCUUUGACUCUACGCAAAUUGGCUCCUGAGUCUCGAAGUGUGCUUUUCUCUCCGAUUUGGAACUCUCAUAAGUCAAGAUGGUAUGCCGGGACAAUUGCAUGGACGAAAUCCCCCGAGCGCAUCUUUACUCUCGAGGACGAAUUGAACUUUUGCAUGGCGCUUGGAGCCAGCCUCAUAGCUGAAGUUCACAGACUUGGCGCUUUGUUUGCAGAACAGGCCAAGCGCGAUUUACUCGCCAGUCUGAGCCACGAGCUCCGAUCUCCUCUCCACGGCAUCUUUGGCACAGCAGACCUUUUGAGUGAUACAGCUUUGGAUGCUCUUCAACGAGGAUUUGUGCAUACGGUAGCCUCAUGCGCCAAUACUUUGCUCGGCUCGAUCAAUCAACUGCUUGAGUUCUCCAGUAUAAACGAUAUGGAGCGAACUCAUGGCCUUGGAUCAACACCAGCUGCCGAACCCAGUGCCCAAUCGAGCCUCCAAAUAGACCAUGCAGUAGAAUGCAUUGUCGAAACGGUUUUUUCAGGCUUCGCCUUCUUUGACAGAUCCCGGGUGCCACUUCGAGGUGCCCUAGGUGCCAGCGCAGCCCGCAGUCAAUCUGCAGGUUUGCCAGGUGCGGUGACGGUGAUCCUCAAUAUUGAUAAUGCCCCAAACUGGAAAUUCACCACGAGCCCUGGUGCCUGGCAUCUCAUUAUAACGAACCUUCUCGGGAACGCCCUCAAAUAUACUCAGCAAGGCCACAUCCUUCUCUCUGCCGAAGCAAAGCCUGCGGAUCCAAAGCCGGGCGAGGAGCUUGAGCGGUCUCAAGUCACCAUUUCUGUUCAAGACACUGGUUGUGGAAUGAGCCCGGAGUUUGUGAGAAAUGGAUACUUCACUGCCUUUUCACAGGAGGACAAUUUAUCGCCUGGCAAUGGUCUAGGCGCAAGUAUUGUUCAAAAGACAAUCACAUCACUUGGUGGCGAAAUCAAAGUAUCAUCUGUGAAGGAAGUCGGCACUCAAGUCACGGUGUCCUUCGUCCUGGACCAUGCCACUGGGCAGGGUUUUUCGGGAAGUGUAUCGACUGAAAGCUCGGAAGAUGAUCUGUUUGCCUCCACAAGGUGUCUAAUGGACAACAAACGUAUUGGGAUUCUAGGCUUAGGCAGCUCUGAAGUCGAUGCAGCUUUAUCCUUGUCUUUACGAAAAAUAUGCGAAGACUGGCUUCAAAUGGAAGUUUAUACAAUUGCGCCUUCGGAUGCGCACUUCCACCAUUGCGACUUUUACAUUGCGCCUCAUCAAUAUCUGGAUAUGGGGAACCUGGAGAUAAAGCCCAUUGUGCCGGAUUCAUCCAUGGCGAAUGUUACCUCACCUGUCAUUGUCAUCUGCCCAACCCCAAGAAUCGCCCAUUCGCUUUCCAAGGCGGCCGGACUGCGCGGUGAUACUGACGUGCUUGAGUUCAUCGCCCAGCCUUGUGGGCCGAGAAAGAUAGCCAAGUCUCUGGAAGUCUGCUACAAACGCCAGGAAAGACGGAACCAGAGCCCCCAUCCCGGCGGAUCUACCACGCCAGAGCUUUCAAAGUGUUCUUCCAGUACUAGUCUUAUCGGACACUGGGCUUCAAAAUCAGAUGCAGACUUGCUAGGACGACCCGCGCCCCCUCCAAAUGCCCAAGAUUAUUUCUCGUGUCGACCCUCCCCUCAAAUGCAAGGGCCAACAUCCGCACCUACUACCAGAGACGCGCUUGUCAUCGACUCCUCGUCUCGGCAGGAUUCCCCACUCGUGCUGUUGGUAGAUGACAAUCCUAUCAACAUGGCACUCUUGAUUGCUUUUAUGAAAAAACUGAAACUCGACUAUCUCACUGCACAGAACGGGCAAGAGGCCCUCGACAUCUUCACCGAGCAUUCGUCUCGGGUCUGUCUUGUACUAAUGGACAUCUCAAUGCCCGUCAUGGACGGCCUAGAAAGCACACGACAAAUUCGUCGUUUCGAGGGGAGUUUGAAGCCGCACGCCCGAGUAGUAAUCGUUGCUUUGACUGGCGUUGCCCAGGCUGAUACUCAACGCGAUGCGAUGGCGUCGGGCAUGGAUCUAUUUUUGACGAAGCCUGUGCGACUGCAAACGAUUCUCCAGGUUCUUCAAGAUCAUACAAAAUUGAAGCUACCUGAAAAAAACGAGAGAAAAACCGCACUACCAUAG